GUGAAGCUGAGCUGAGUAAAAUGAACACGCUGCAUGCAAUCUCCUCAGACAUCAGAAGCUCAAGCAGAAUUCCGCCAUCCCAACUGAUAUAUCAACAAAGAAAGGAAAAGACAUGGGCGUUUUCUUCAAACCAGCCCACACACACACACACACACACACACACACACACACACACACUCCUCUGUGUCCCCUACUUAAGGCUAAUGCUCCUUGCUCUCAGUUGUCAAAUCCUGAUCUUUCCCACACAGACUCAUACAUAUGUCUGGACACAUUCAUGCUAGCAGCAUGCUACACAUUCUCUCAGGAUUACUGUCGCUCCUGCUGGACCUAGCCUUAAUUUCGGGUCAGACAGCAGAUAUCUCUCUGAUUAUAUCUGAAGAUGUGGUUAAGAACGGCGUGAACAUGCUUCAGAAUGCGUCACACAUUCCAGGUGUGAAUGGAAAGUUCUUUGAAGAAAAUAUCAAAGACAAUGUGACUUUUGAAGAUCAAGAGGAUUUCCAGGAUCAGGAGAAAAUACACCACUAUGGUCAAUGUAAUGAAACACUCUUAAGACAUUUUGGAAAAGAAAUCUGCUCAGACCAUUUUGAUUUGUUCAUGUCAGUCCUGGGGGAGGAGAACUGGUGCAACUGGGAGAUGAUGCUCAAUUCCUACCAUGAUCUGACCUACUGCUUGGAGCAGGUUUGUGCUGUAGUGGCGCAUUGUUAUUACCCAAACGCUGUUGUGCAGGAGAUGUUUGUGGAAGUCCAUAAGCAAUACUUCAGCUUGUGUGGAACUAAGGAAGAAGUUCUUCCAGAUGCCCCUGCAAGGGUUGUCCUGGUUCUCACCCUGCUGCCUGUCAGCGUCAUUCCCAUACUGGUUUAUAUGGUCAUCUGGAAGAGUAGCGUUAUUGACUGAAAAAGGCAAAGACACACAACGUCGUGCUAUUUUGCGCAGUUCGUUUGCAAUAGAGCAAAAAAAAAUAAAUAAAAUGAAAUGAAUAAAAUUGUAAAAGCAAUAUGCUGUAAUGUAAGUAAUGAAAUGGAUGUAUAUAUGGGAUGUCUGAAUUUACUGCUAUUAAAAUGUCCACUAGCAAGAAGUUGUAGUAAUAAUAAUAAUAAUAAUAAUAAUAAUAAUAACAAUAAUAAGGAUAAUAAUAACAA